UAUAACGAUGACAGCAGCAACACACCUUUCCACGUCAGGAAGGAGGAAGACACGCAGCGGGUAUUGUACGUUCACUUACGUCAGUGUGAAGUCGGUGUGAGCUGCCCCCGUCCUCCCUCCUGUCUGUCUGUCCAUCCAUGCCCGCCGUGUGAUCUUCUGCUGUCUCACCCGAUCUCAGAGCUGGGGAAUGAGUUUUAUUCGGAACUGGAAACGAAGCGUGAAGAAAAAUGACAGCAAAAAUGUUGCCAUGGAGGCGCAAGACAUCCCUGACAGCCCGGACUCCCCGAGCCGGUUGUCAGUCAUAAACAGUCCAGAAUUGGAUGCCAUCAUCACAGACUUCAGGUUACAGCUACCAGACAACAAAGAUGCUCUGCAGUCAACAAAUCCAUCAAAUGGGUGCUCACGGUCAGACCUGUCGCUGGCUCUGGAGGACUGCAUGGCCGCCCUGGAUCUGUUCCUCAGAAACGACUUUGAGGAGGCGCAGGCCCGGCUUAGAUGCAGGACUAAAGACAGCAUGUACCAUGCUCUGACCUAUGCCACCAUCCUGGAGAUGCAGGCCAUGAUGACUUUUGACCCCCAACACAUCCUGACGGCAGGAAACACGAUGAAGGAGGCCCAGGCUAUCUGUCAGAGGCACCGCAAGAAGUCAAGCUUCUCCAAAAGCUUCACAGAAGAGGAACUCCAUGCUGAAGUUUGCUAUGCCGAGUGUCUCCUGCAGAGGGCAGCGCUCACCUUCCUUCAGGAUGAAAACAUGAUGAGUUUCAUCAAAGGGGGAAUCAAAGUGAGGAACAGCUACCAGACUUACAAAGAGCUUCACACAGUACUCCAGUCCUCAGGAUACUCUCACGGGGACAACCACGGCCAUUUUGAGGGUGGUGUCAAACUGGGAGUGGGAGCCUUUAACCUAAUGAUUUCCAUGUUGCCCACGCGGACGCUCAAGCUGUUGGAGUGGGUCGGUUUCUCUGGAAAUAAGGAGUUUGGUCUCCAGCAGCUUCAGGAGGGCUGCACAGAGAGCACGUUCAGGUCCUUCCUAUGUAACAUGCUGCUGCUCUGUUAUCACACCUUCAUGAGCUUCAUACUAGGCACAGGAGAGGGAGACGUUGAAGAUGCAGAGAAGCUGCUGCAGCCGUAUCUCAAACAAUAUCCUAAGGGAUCCAUCUUCUUGUUCUUCGCUGGUCGAAUAGAGGAGAUCAAAGGCAAUUUGGAUGCUGCUAUCAAGCGUUUUGAGGAGUGCUGCGAGACUCAGCAGCAGUGGAAGCAGUUCCACCACAUGUGUUACUGGGAGCUGAUGUGGUGCUUCACAUACAAGAGGCACUGGAAAAUGGCCUACUUCUACGCUGACCUGCUCAGCAAGGAGAACACCUGGUCCAAGGCGACCUAUGCGUAUAUGAAAGCAGCCUACCUCAGCAUGCUGACGCCAGAUGAUUGCCUAACCUUCGGGGAGACUGCAUUCACUCUGUUCAGGCAGGUCCCAGGGCUGAAGCAGAAAAUAGCGGGGAAAUCUCUACCAACAGAGAAGUUUGCGAUCAGAAAAGCUCGUCGCUACCUUGCAGAAAACCCCAUCCCUCUUCCUGCUCCUCCACUGGAGAUGAUGUACAUCUGGAACGGCUAUACAGUCAUCGGCAAGCACAAAGACCUGACUGAGGGCAUGCUGAAAACGCUGAAUGAGGCACAAGCUAAACUCGAGAGCUGCUCAAGGUCGGAGUUCACCACAGAUGAUCAGUGUCUCCUGAGUCUCUUGAAGGGACUGUGUCUCAAACACCUGGGGCACCAAGAGGAGGCUGAACACUACUUUACCCUCGUCCUCUGCAACGAGUCUCAGAUCAAGUACGACCACUACCUGGUUCCCAAUGCCCUGCUGGAGCACGGCCUGCUGUGUUUGGAGCAAGGCAGAAAAGCUGAAGCUGUCAGACUCCUGGAAACAGCAAAGCAAAAUUACAAAAACUACUCGAUGGAAUCACGGACACACUUCCGUAUUCAGGCUGCUCUGCACAAGGCCAAGGGCGCAGUGGAGAAUGGCAUCCAUGUUCCCUCCAGCCCAUAACAGACAGAGGAGGGCACACUAGAGCAGAGACAGCUUUCUGUUUCUGUAGUCCCACAAUGCAACACUCAGCCCAGCCCGGCCCCGCCUAUUCGGGCGGGUGAUUUGUUUGUUUUUUUUCUUCCAUCAAAAGGGUAGGGCAAGAUGGAUGCCUGUUUUUCUCAUGUGUGCUGCCUUUUUGGGCGACUGCAGGUCUAUGUGGCCCUCACUGGCUAAGGCAGGUUUGCUACGCCCUCUUCCAGAGAUAUGUUAUGAUGAACUCCACUUACUUGUGUAAUUUGAAAUAGACAAGUUGAGAAAUGUGCCUAUAUUUAUAAAGCAUUGCUUCUAGCAGGCUUGAUUGUCCAGCACCGUAGCCGCCUAUAAGGGGCGCACUAGGGUAGGAAACAAGGUGACAUUUAUGUAGUAGGCUAUAUACUGCAGAUUGCUCCACUGCUACCCCAGAAUAAGGUUGGAUCUGAUGAAGCCAGAGUACCAAACAACCUGGUAUAAAUUACCAACACUAACUCCUCCUACCCAGCAGCACAAUUUGACCUGGUUGCUACAAACCUCCUAAUUAAUAUAAAUUCAGUAGAUUGGAGAUGAUACAUAAUUAUUUGUUACAGUUUGACAUCAGGUGCAUAUCAUAUGCAAUUCACCAGAUAGUUCAUGAGGAUCAUAAGACUGUUUUGUACUCUGUCAUUUGGUACAUUUCGGUUGACAGGUUUCACCUAUAUUUGGAUUUUUGAUCACAACUAACACAGCCUAAAUGUUGGAUUCAUUUUCACACUACAUAAGCUUUGGUUCAUCGUGUUUCUCAGUGUGAGUACAUGUUUUAGUGUUUAUUUUAAAUGUUCUUCUUUUCCUUGAAACCUAUUGAAACAUUGAAAGACACAAAUCUGUUCAUGUGGAAUACUUUCUUUCAGUCUUCUUCUAUAGAAAUAUUUAAAUCUGCAAUCCAGUUGUAUUUACAGUGACAUGUAUCGGCUUUCGCACAGAGCUUUGUAAAUCAGCCAGCCACGCAAACUCUCCAGAGUCAAAGAAUCAGAGUGGCAGUGAGAGUUGGUCUUUACAUUUAUAUACUGUAAAUGGCACCUUUUACACAAAUUGUCCCGUUUUAAGAGGACAGAUGAAUGUGUCUUUUAGAAAGGCAGACUCCCUCCUUUUCUCCUCCUGGCGUAUGGGACAGGCUCCAGCAGUACUUGAGCUUGAACAAACAGGCCAUUCACGCCAUGCAGCGAAGGACUGUGUGCUUGUCUGCCUGCUGCAUCUUUAGUGAGUGAGGAAGCUCUGAACGGGAUCCACCACAGUCUUCCUGCUUUGUGAACGUCCUCCGCUGCUCCUGUAUCAGCCAUGCUUGACUACAACCAACUAUACAAGGACAGGAACAUCAUAACCUCGCUCCUGUGUCAAAUAAUAAUCUGUAUAUGAACAAACACUUGUAAUGAUUGAUGAUAAGACAGAAAGGGGUGAACUCUAAUUGUGUUGGUGGUGAGGUUAUUGUCUCAGCAACAGUGUCCAAAGCCUAAAGACUCAGAUGGUGUCUCAAGUGUUGGAAUUAGAGCACUGCUUAUUUAUUCAUGAUUAGAGUACGGUUUGGGAUUCAAGACAAUGGCUAGGAGUCAGUUUCUUUCUUCUUUUUUUUUUUAAUGGUGAAGGAAAUGUACUUUAAAUAUUGUUUUAAAAGCUAUUUCAAUAACAAUUUGUAUUUAAUUUUCUGAUAAUUAAUUAAGCUUAAUUUUUCUUUUUUUUCCUCUUUGGUUUUCGCAGAUAUAGUGGAGAGAAACUCUAACCAAAUUUAGUGGCAUUGUGAUGUUUACAAUCAGCAUAUUUUACUGGGCACAGCUAUUCCUGAGCAGAAUGACAUUCCUGUACAUACUGAAUGUUUCUAUUGUAAUUUAAGAUGAAAUGAUGAAAAGCAACUAAAAAAAAACACAUCCUA